CCCCAGAGCGCCCUAUAACGCCGCCGUGCUUAAUGGCUGCACGAAGUGCUCCUUCGAGUCCUGUAUCAACAACGCAAAAUCAUCAACAACUCUACCAGUAUCAAAUCGCCAGCCCGGACGGCAUCAGGAUUCACCUGCAAGAUUCUUCCGACCAAGAGGAAUAUAAUGGUGUAGAAACUAGGGAAGUGAGAGUAGAGACAAGCCCUGAUGAUGAUCUUACUUCUUUGUCCUGGUUGCACGAUAGGAAUCUCUUGAAAGAAAUAAAUUUAACCUCCACACCUACCACAAGAACUGUUAUACUGCACCAAAAUGUAACUCAUUCAACAAGAACUUUUCAACAUCAUAAUAGUAUGAAUAGUAAUAAUGGAGAUGCUAGUAGCACAGGAGAGUCACCAACAAGCGAUUUUGAAGAUAACAGUUAUAUUUCUGAAGACAAUACAAGAAAUUCAUCUGAUCAUAGCAUCAUAGCCGGAAAUAACAAUAGUUCUAAUAGCAAAAAUCACAACCUUGACAAUAUAUAUGAAUAUCAACAGAAACAAUUUCACAGAAACAACGGAAAUAGCAAUAGUGAUUACAGUGUCAUUUUUUACAGUUCAAGCAAUCAACAUAGUCCAAUUCGCACAAUAAAACCAUCACCAACAAAGAAUAAACACCCCAGCAGUUUACCUUAUGAUCCACUGGUUCAUACAACCAGUAAACCUCCAUAUAGUUUUUCCAGCUUAAUAUUUAUGGCCAUAGAAGAUAGUCAAGCAAAAGCUCUGCCAGUAAAGGAAAUUUACAUGUGGAUUGUGUCCCAUUUUCCAUAUUUUCGCGAUGCUCCUACUGGAUGGAAAAAUAGUGUCAGACAUAAUCUCUCACUGAACAAAUGCUUCCAAAAAUUGGAGAAAGCUCCGAAUCUAGGAAAAGGUUCCCUUUGGAUGGUAGAUGAGCGCUUCCGACCUAAUUUAUUACAAGCAUUGACACGUUCACCAUUUCAUCCUUGUUCAGCAUUAGAGAAUAUUAACUCUAACCCUCAACACACUUCAAGUAAUGGUAUUGGAACUGCUACUAAUGGUAAUACUAGACUGACAAGCACAACCGUUGUAUCAAAUGGAAAACAUAGCAAUAAUAGCCUGACCAAUGGAAGCCCAGUAAAAGACGGAAAGAGUUUGUCGCACAUGCCAAAUCCCGAUCUUUUCCCAUACCUCUCGCGGCGUUUGGCGGCCGCGGAUCAGCCCAAUGAAGACAAUCAACCAAACAACAGUACACAUUAUAAUAAUUCUAGCCAAUCACAAAGGCAGCACACCGAGUAUAAUCAUGACAAGCGAGAAAUGUGGACUUCUGAAGAAUUUGAAGAAGCAAACGCAGCCGCGGUCAUGGUUGCACUCAAACAUGGUCGACUUGGAUUACCUGGGGCUGUUCCGAUAAUAACGAGUAGCCCGUCGGAGGAUCACACGUACAGUAGCGUUGGCCUGGCAUCGACGCCACAAAAACAACACACAGCCGCCCUAAACUCACCCGAUGCCGCUUACGAAACUGAUGACAGUCAAUCUCAACCGACCUCUUUCACCGAUUUGGAAGAACAACGGCGCUUGGCAGAAGGGGCAGACGCACUGUUAAAUCUGGCUGGUAUCAGGAGGCUUUCCACUCCAGAAAAUGCUCUAUCAGUCAUCAGCUAUACGACGAACUACGUACACCAAAACAAUAAUGGCCAGGAAUAUCAGCAGAAUGCUCAAAACCACGAGUCAAAAUAUAAUAAACCACAAUAUCAAGAAUCCAGGGAGUCCAGAAAUAGUAACAGCACUCGCACUAAAUUCAAACCCAGACUUCUAAGAAGACCUAAAAGGCGAAUUUCGGCCGCUGAUUCGGGUGAUGGUAAAUAUUAUAACUCAUCAAAAAAUUUAAGUAAUAAAUUUUAUGAAGCCAAAAGAAUCAAAGUCGAGAAAUAUUGAAGAGAACAUUCAAUCAGCUGUCAGGUAAGAAAAUAUUUUUAUUUUUCUUCUUCAUUCAGGGAUUUGAAACAAGGUUUUCGUG